UUUUCCAUUACUGACAUUAAAACCACGAAUUCUACACCAAAGCGAGAGACAUCAAAAAAAUCAAGAGACAUCAUGAAUUCCAUCGAAGUGACGCAAAAUUACUAUGAUUAUGAUUACCUCAACACAACAGAUACCCCAACAGUGUCUUCACCAUCAUGCAGAGAUACGAUGUGUGUGAUCUUAGCAACAGCCAAUGUGAUCAUCUUUGUGCUGGGUGUCACUGGAAAUGGUCUGGUGAUUUGGAUCUCUGGAUUUAGGAUGAAGAUCUCGGUCAACACAACCUGGUACCUCAGCCUGGCCGUGUCUGACUUCCUGUUCUGUGCCUUCCUGCCAUUUCAUGUUGUCUACUUGGUUAAAGGUGACUGGGUCUUUGGGCUCUUCUUGUGCAAGCUCCAGACCUUCAUUAUGUUUGUUAACAUGUUCAGCAGCAUCUUCCUCCUCAUCAUCAUCAGCGUGGACCGCUGUGUGGUUGUUAGGUUUCCCGUGUGGGCGCAGAACCAGCGCACUGUAAAAAAGGCCUCUGUGAUAGUCAUGCUGGCUUGGAUUGUCUCAGCACUGCUUAGCACACCAUCAGCCAUUUACCGGAACAUCAAGGAAGAUCACAUGACUUCAAUAAAAACAUGUUACUACAGAUACACAGAUGUUAAAAAUCAAGACCAUAUUGCCAUUGUAGUGUGCCGAUUCAUUUUUGGAUUUGUGAUCCCGUUCCUGGUCAUCGUCACCUGUUAUGCUGUCAUCAUCCAAAAGCUGAAGACCAACCAGAUGGCAAAGUCCAAAAAGCCGUUUAGGAUCAUGACAGUGCUGAUUGUUUGCUUUUUUAUCUGCUGGUUUCCAUUUCACACUGUUGCUUUCAUGGAACUUGACACUAAAUAUCACAGUCUUGUUCCCACUGGACAAAAAAUUACUACCACUCUAGCCACUGCAAACAGCUUUAUGAACCCGUUUCUUUAUGCUUUCAUGGGGAAGGAUUUCAAGAGUAAGUUUUAUCGAGUUCUGUUGAAGAUUGAGAUUGCAAUCGAGGAGGAGGGACGGAGUACAGUCCGAGGGACGUCUAUCACCAACUCAGGGGAAGGCCUACGUUCAACUACCAUUUAAGGUGUCUUGUGUAUGUUUUUGUCUGUCAUGAAGAUUAUCAAACAAUUAGGUAAAAAAUAAUGUGUAAAUAUUUGUAUUUGCUAAUGCAAUUUUGCCUCUUGCAGAGCUCACUCAUGUUAUCUUUGUCUAGAGUAGUCUUGGUUUAUAGGGAAAACAACUGCAUUUAUCUACUUAAAAAGCAUUUCAGGGGACAUAAAACAUUUGUAUAGUUCAUAUUUUUCUGCAAAUUUUGAACAUCACAGUCACAAUACUUUAUGUUGACUGGUGCUUUCAUAGUUUUGAGCAUGUUGAGAAGAUUUGCAUCAAAAGAAGAAAUGUCCUGCAUCACACUUAAAGGGAAAGGGUGGUAUUGUUAAAAGUCCACAUUGUUACCUAAGGCUUGUAACUUGAUGAAUUAAGCCACAUUUAGUAAUUCUGCACAAUAACUAGUUAUCACAGGAGGCCACCAUGAUGGACUACAGGGAACAAAACUGGCUGAAAUCUUAAAACAUUGUCAGGGUUUUCUCUAUAGCCUUUCAGUCUCCUGCAAAUUUGCCUUUGCUUUAUCACUGCCAUGACCUAUCAGAGACUCUGUUGCUUGCCUGUAGCAUACAUUAACGUUGCUGUUGAAACAUGACAGUAUUCCUUGGUCACUUAAGGCAAUGUACCUUUGUUAUGGUCUCCAUGUUUUUUAAAUGGCCAAAUUAACCAUAUGAGAAAGUAAGCAAAGAGUAUCUGUUUGGUCAAGACAGUUUGUUAACCACUUGUACCUAUUUUUGCAUACAUUGUCUUUGUAAUAACUGUAAUUGCAUGAGUUUUUCUAAAAGCAUUCACGAAAUGAAACUCAAUUUAAA